CAAGCACUCACGUCGGCAGGAAGUCAGCACGUGCACCACACCCAGGGAAGAAAGCCACCAAGGCAGAUCGAUCAGAUACCCACCGACCCACCGACAGACAGACACAUCCACCAGCCAGAGCUGAUGGAUGGAUGGAUGGAAACACAGUCAUAUAUACACACACGGCACCGUCACCGUCACACACUCACAUUCAUAUCGUGGGCAAUCGUCCCUCUCGGCAGUCACCGGCCCGCCACAGACAGACAGCUAUACAUACCUACCUACCCUGACGAGAAGAAGACACACGUCAAGAGAGAGGGACAAACACACCACAUCCACCUUUCCCUCCCUCCCUCAGUCACACAUCCACAUGAACCCUCCCCCUGUUGAUGGUGUGCUCCAGACCAAAUCGCCUCAGCACACUAACAGCGCGGCCCAUCGACACAUUGAGGCGAGUGUCACCAGCAGCAGACCGCUCCGUCGUGUGCAGCUCAAUCGCCCCCGCCACCCACUCCACCAGCAGAUGCGCCGCGAUGGUCUCGCCACGCCGAUAGCCGCUGACAAUGACAAUACGCCAUUCAUCCAUGGGCCCAUGGAGGUCACCCCGGUCCCAGCAGUAGUCCACGACAAUCCCCUCGUCUCUGUCGAUCUCGCCGGCCAGCAGCGAGAGGUAGCCCGGGUUGUCUCUCCGAAUGUGUGUCCGCAGGGUCGCGUGUGGUGCGCCACACGACCACACACGACACAGGCUUCGCAGAAGGAAUGACGUGAAAGACGGGAAGAGCCAAUCAGACCGAAUCACCGGAUCUUUUCUGUCGUAGGUGCCAGCGUAGCGGUGGCCUGCCGGCAAGGCGCCCAGCGGCACCACUCGAACGCUCAAAUUGCCGAUGUGAUAUGCCCCGUUGGCGGAUUGCUGCAGGGCCAGGGUGUGUCCGUGGUGAGUGAGGUGGUGGCCGAAUGUGCUGUAGAUGGCCAUGGCGAGGGGCAAUCGGUCGAAGGCCGCUCUUGUGCGCAGGUUGGCGGCCAUCCAGUCAGCGGACAGCACCAGAGGCAGCCUUGGGGUUAGUCCAUAUAUGGCGGCAAGUUGGAUAAACAUGCCCAUCAAGCGCCAUUCCCUCUCUGCUCGUUGCAGGACCCAUGCGCACCGGAGCAGGUAGGCAAAUCUGCCCAGCAAGGAAGCGCAGCGGUUGACGUCGAUGAGGCCAUUCAGCGAGCGGCAAGAGAUCUCGGCGUCGAUGAUCCGCAGCAACUCAUCACAAGUGACCGCGUCGCCGACUGCGUGCGAUGUGCUGCGGAGGUUCACCAGCUCCCUGAGGGUAAGAAGGGGCACCACACGCCCGCCCCAGAGCUCGAGAGGUAGAAACCAUUCCAUAC